AACCCAUCCCAACCAUACACGUGUACCUUCACCAUAGCCCAUCAGUAAAUUCGUUGUCGUUUCACCAACCCCAUCUCCACCAAGAUACGGAGCAAUUGAUUUUGUUGAGGAGAAUCUGAGCACUACAGGCCCACCACCAUUGCUCCAUGUCCAUGGCGGAAUGCUGUGAUGUCUGUGGCGAUAUUGGGUUUGGAGAGAUAAUUGUUACAUGUGCAGAGUGUAAAAUUAACCAAGAACAUCUCUAUUGCAUGGAGACAUUUCGUAUGGAGGAACCAGAGGUUUGGCUAUGUGAAGAAUGCACUCCUAGGAAUGGGAAUCAGUCAUCAGGUGGAAAGAGUGGGAUUACUGUGGCACCAAAUUUUACAACCUCUUGUAAGGAUCAUCGCGAGAAUUUACAGUGUGCAUAUCCAAGAAAAUUGAACCGUGGUCGUGGUUGGGUUGACUGGGAAAAGAAGGUUGCAAAAGGGAGAACAAAAUAUAUUUCUGUUGAAGAAGCACUCAUGCUACCACAACUCCAAAAUGUUGCUUCCAGUGUAAAGAAAACUAGCCAUUCAAACCCCCUAUCACCUAACAAACAUAUAUCAUCUCCAUUGUCCAGGACUCCUGUCAAUCCUGGUACUUGUAUUCCUAAAUGUCAGCAACUUAAAAAGCAUCCUACUUCGUUGGGUCCACAACAUUUGAAGACUCAAAGUCUUGAAAAUUCCAAGAAACAUCCUACUUCUUCGAGUCUACAACACCCGAAGACUCAAAGUCUUGAAAAUUCCAAGAAACAUCAUCCUACUUCAUCAGGUCUACAGCAUCCAAAGACUCAAAGUCUUGAAAAUUCCAACACUAAUCAAGUGACUCAACCAAAAGAGCAAUCCUCUAAAGUGCUAAAUGGACCUAUGGAAAAGGAGAAUAUUGGAGACACUAAAAUAACUCAUACUAUAGCCGAAGAAACUACAGACAAGCAUACAUCAGUGGCAUCAGCUUGUUGCCCCCAGGUUAUAUCUGUUAGUGAUGGUUGUGCCGCAACAGAGUGUGGGACUUCAAAUGUGAAUCUGAUGAUUUUCUCAACUAAUAACAAGAAAUGCUUUAGCGAUCCUGCCCAGCAUCCCUCCUGGAAGGGAAGCUUCAACGUCUGUGAUAAUCUUAAUUUCAAGGGAUUCCAAGCUCAUCAUCCCUUGAGAGUACAUAGGAAGGUCUGUGAGUUCUCGAAGCUUUUGCCUGAGAUUCUUGACUUCAAAUUAGUUCCGCGAGGGAAUCUCUGGGGCAAGCUAUUCCAUGAUUAUUGCCCAACGAGAGAAGAUGUAGGACUCUAUUUCUUCCCAAGUGACAAGGACAGAUCCAAAGAGUACGUGAUCCUAAUGGAGUUGAUCCGAGACCAAGACUUGAUGAUGAGAAAGCAGAUGGACAAUGUUGAAAUACUUGUACUUACGUCUACUGUGCUGCAAAUGGAUUGUCAAAAAAUGGAAGGAAAUUACUUCUUGUGGGGGUUAUUUCACCGCAUUGGUAAAAAGGACAAAGUGGCCAGCAUAGAAUUUGUUGACAAGGAGAUAGACAUUAGCAGUAAAGACAAUGAGGAGGUGGUCGCCCUGGAAAUUGACAUGACAGGCGGGGGGCAGAGCGUGGGUAAAGCAGACUCUAUUAACAAUGGAGACAACGAAGAGGUUGACAUGGAGAUUGACAUGAUAGGCGGGCAAAAUGUGGGUAAACAAGAUGUAGUAAUUCGACGUAACAGUUCUGCGAACAGAUACGAAAGCUCGACACCAACACCUGUUACUGCCAGCGUAACUCCUCCUUCCAUUUCCAACACUAUAGACAGCGGUAUGAUGCAAUGUGGUCUCUCGAAAGUUAAAAGAGAAGAACCAUUUGAUGAUGUGCCUCCGGGUUUUAAACCGUUACCGCCUAGGAACAAAUCUGAAUGCUCAACACCGACUGCUGGCGUAACUGUUUCUUCCAUCAUGAAAGUUAAAAGAGAAGCAUUUGGAGAUGUUUGUGUUCCUCCGGGUUUUAAACCAUUACUGCCUCCCUGAAAACCAUGAAUAAUGGCAUAUAAUGUUCUGGUGGUGGUAAUGUACAGACUUGCUGUUGGCUUGUGACUCAAACUCCUUCC